AUGAAACAAUUUGGAUUCAUUAUUCUGUUAUUGCUAAAUCGUUAUUCGCAAUCAUUGUUAUGUUAUGAUUGUUACGAUACUGGCCCAUCCAAUGAAAAAUGUGUCAAAUGGAAGAAUUGUACGGGUGAAGCUUGCUUAUUAUAUGAAGGUGAAGAUAUAUUAUUGACAACAGCAUUUUGCUUAUUAAAUCUUCCCAAUCAUUAUCGUAAACAAAAUAAAAUGAACGAUGCAAAAUGUUGGAUGGAACGAAAUGGUAAAGGAAAACAUUGCAUAUGUUUGCAAGAUUUUUGCAAUCAUUUACGUGAUCGACGUUUUCCAUUAGAAGGUAAUGUACCACUUAUAAAUGCAUCUAUGAUCAAUCAUAAUCCAUUGAUUGAUUACGAUUACCUGAAUGAAAAUGAAGCACAUUUCACUUUUGAUUUAAUGAAUUUGGAAAUUGAUGAUGAAUCAUCAUUGAAAGAUUUGAUUCCAAUCAAAAUAGCAGAUCCUGAUUAUAAAGAUGAGUUGGAGUCAUCACUACAAAGACCAAUAAAACCAACAUCAUCACCAUCAUCAUCAUCAUCAUCAUCUAAUAACAAUUAUCAUCAGCUGUUAAUUGAUAAUUACACAACGAAACAUAUUCUUAAUCAAAAUUCUCAUUUCUAUACAGCUGAUGAAGAAACGAAAAGGGAACAAACGUAUAUUUCCACAAUGGAUAUAGUCUAUCCGGAUCAAAUGGUUGAAGAAAUUAAAGAAAAUACAACAGUAUCUAAAAUAGCAUCGAAUAAUUUAAACAGAAACUUUACAUAUUUUAAAAUUAUACUUUUUUUGAAAUUAUUUCAUACUUUUUAUGCCUAA